ACAGUGCACUGCACUACACUACCCGUCAUCCCGCGCGCCGCAGCCGCGCCGCUCCGUAUAUUCCCCUCAUGUAUAUUCAUACGGCAUUUCUGCAGUGAGGCGGCUCGGUAACAGCCUACUGACGUCUCUCAGGAGGAGGUGGUUCCGGUGAAGGAAGCUGAAACUGGCCUCGACUCGUCGCCGUCCCGCUAGAGCGCGCGAUGCGGAGGCUGCGCCAGCGUCGCUAAUGGCAACCAGCGCGAGAGAGCGCGUCGGCCAGACGAACGGAGCGCGCGGGGGGGACGCGUGUGAGCCGCCAUUGAAGAGGACACGCUUAAAAUAAACAAACCAGAAAAAAAAAACAGCAACAAAGAAAAGCAGCGCGCAGGGUUCGGUGUCGGUCGCGUGCGGUUGUCUGCUCGGGAGGAUUUGGUGAUGAUGGCUUCCACACUGGGGCUUUGGCUCGUGUGUGUGUGCGGAGCGCUGGGUAUUAGCGCGCGACAUUCCACCAAUGGAGGCGUCUUGGGGAAGACGAGGGCCUUGCGUGAUGAGAGCAGGUUCCUCGGGAGAGAGAGCACGGUCCCGGUCCGGCUGGUUUAUCGCACGGAUCACGGACAGACCGCGCAUGACGUCCUGAGCACACGGGUGCGCGCGAGCCCCGGCGCCGACCAGAAGAAUCAUUUGGCCCAAGCAAGUUUCCAGGUGAAAGCCUUCGACCAGACUUUCAUCCUAGACGUGGAACUAAAUCAUGACCUGCUGUCAUCAAAGUAUGUGGAGAGGCAUAUAUCAGAGGACGGGAAACCAUUCAUCACCAAAGGUGGGGAGCACUGUUACUACCAUGGAACGGUACGAGAUAUUCCCGAGUCCUUUGUGGCGCUGUCCACUUGCCAUGGAAUGCACGGGAUGUUUUUCGAUGGAAAUCACACGUACCUGAUAGAACCGGAUGAAGAGGGCAAGGAGAAUGAACACGUCCAAGUGCACAUGAUCUAUAAAUCUCCAGGCUUCCAGCCUCCUUGGGAUUACAUCCGACCCCUUGAACUUGCAGAGUCGCCGUUCCAGAGCCCUCCACUCUUCACUGGAGCAGCGCACAGGAGAAAAAAGAGACAAGUGUUGCAAAGUUCCCACAGUGUUGAGGAUGAGACUAAAUAUAUCGAGCUGAUGGUUAUCAAUGACCACCUGAUGUACAAGAAGCAUCGGCUUUCAGUUGGCCAGACGAACAACUACGCCAAGUCUGUAGUGAACAUGGCAGAUUUUAUUUUCAAGGAGCAACUGAACACCCGGAUUGUUCUGGUUGCCAUGGAAACCUGGGCAGCGGACAACAGGUUCAACAUAAAUGAUGACCCGAUGAUCACACUGCGGGAGUUCAUGAAGUACAGACGUGACUUCAUUAAGGAGAAGAGCGACUCUGUCCAUCUGUUCUCGGGCAACCGUUUCCAUAGCAGCUGGGGUGGAGCCUCCUAUAUGGGAGGGGUGUGUUCACUGACUAAAGGGGGAGGAGUUAAUGAGUAUGGAAAAACAGAGGAAAUGGCCAUCACGCUGGCACAGUCUCUGGGACAGAACAUUGGCAUUUUCUCUGACAAGAAGAGAAUACUAAAUGGGGAAUGCAAGUGCGAUGAUAAAUGGUCCGGCUGUAUAAUGGAUGAUGUCGGCUUUUAUCUGCCCAAGAGAUUCUCCGACUGUAACAUAGAGGAGUACCACAACUUCCUGUACAGCGGGGGUGGAUCGUGUCUCUUUAACAAACCCUCCAAGCUUUUGGACCCUCCAGAGUGUGGGAACGGUUUUGUGGAGCCGGGAGAGGAGUGUGACUGUGGAACUCCAGCGGAGUGUGCUAGAGAAGGAGAGAACUGCUGUAAGAAGUGCACUCUGACUCAGGGCUCUAAAUGCAGUAAUGGGCUCUGUUGCAAUAACUGUCAGAUGGAGUUUAUGGGUGUGAUCUGCAGAGAGGCUGUCAAUGACUGUGAUAUACCAGAAAACUGCACUGGGAACUCCAGCCAGUGUCCUUCAAAUGUACACAAAAUGGACGGCUAUACUUGUGAGAAAGAUCAGGGACGGUGCUUUAAUGGACGAUGCAAAACUAAAGACAGGCAGUGCAAGUACAUCUGGGGAGAGAAGGCAACAUCUGCAGAUAAGUUCUGUUACGAGAAGCUAAACAUCGAGGGAACUGAGAAAGGGAACUGUGGGAGGGACAAGGACACCUGGGUCCAGUGUAAAAAGCAGGAUGUGCAGUGUGGAUACCUGCUGUGCUCAAACAUCUCACCUGCACCCAGACUGGGAGAGCUGCAGGGAGGCCUGACCUCAUUUUCUGUGGCCCAACAUAGUGCUUCACUAGACUGCAGUGGAGGACAUGUGAUGAUUGAUGGAGACACUGAUCUGGGGUACGUGGAGGAUGGCACAGCGUGUGGCACUGACCGUAUCUGCUUCAACCACAAAUGCCUUCCGGUUCAGGAUUUCAACUUCAGCACCUGCCCCGGGACCACCGACAAGGUCAUCUGCUCCGGACACGGGGUGUGCAGCAAUGAACUGAAGUGUGUGUGUCACCUGGGCUGGGCAGGUGAAGACUGUAACUCCUCAUCACCACUCAGCUACCUGGUGGUGGGACCUACAGCUACAUCAUCAGGCAUCAUCAGUACUAACAUCAUCAUCGGUGCCAUUGCAGGAUCCAUUCUCGUUCUGGCUCUUAUACUAGCCAUAUCUGCCUGGGGCUACAAGAACUAUAGACAGCGGCAAUUUGCAGAAUCUGAAGUGCAUCGAAGAUUCUGUCGACAAAUGCCACCGGGUGAUUACGUGAAGAAGCCGGGCGACGCCGACUCGUUCUACAGCGACGUGCCGCAGGGCGUGAGCUCCAACUCAGGCAGCAGCUCCAAGAAGAGGUCUGCUUACCUGUCUCACCUGCAGAUCUACACCUCCAUCCCCUCCAUCAGCCAAAACAUCUCACUGUUCGGCUUCAGGUCCAAUGGCUUGUCCCAUUCCUGGAGUGAGAGAAUCCCAGACGCCAAGCACAUUUCUGAUAUCUGUGAAAAUGGUCGGCCCAGGAGCAACUCGUGGCAAGGGAAUAUUAGCGGCAACAGGAAGAAGCUGAAAGGAAAGAAGUUCCGUCCUCGUUCCAACUCCACAGAGUAUUUAACCCCUUGCUCCAAAACAGACUAUUAUGUAACUGAAUGGGUGGAAGAUGUGAAUAAAAACACUGAGGGACCCUAUAUUAGGACGCUGUCUCCUGCCAAGUCCCCAACCUCGUCUACGGGCUCAAUCGCCUCGAGCCGAAGGUACCCGUACCCGAUGCCACCGCUACCAGACGAGGAGAGGAAGGCCAACAGACAGAGCGCCAGGCUGUGGGAGACAUCAAUAUAAAGAGGCUCCUUGCGAUCACUCUGCAAAAUCUCCGUAAGGACUACACAUUCCUCCGCUUUUAUACAAAUGAGAAAAAAAAAUGAAACUAAUGAAUUCAAACAGAAGAAUUGAAGUCCUCCAGGAUUAGCGGGUCCACCGGAGUGCGCUGGGACGAAGAGCACGGCCGUCAUCCUCUCAUCAUUGCAGUCGACCAUAAUGAAACAGAGGGACUGGCUUGGGUCAAAGGUCAAAGCCAGGCACUGCUGCAGUCAGUUACCCAUCUGAACGAGGCAGGGGAUAUGAGACUGCUAAUCCCGCCCCCUUUAUCCUGCCCUGCCUCCCUUUUUUGGGCCAAGCAAUGGCCUGUCCCUCUCUCCCUCCCUCCCCCCCCCCCCUCAUCCAGCACCAAUAAUGUCUUGUGAUUGGUGUCCUUGUUGCCAUGUUGAGAGAAGGUCAUCCAAAACCUGCUGGAUGUUAACAUGUUUUUUCGAAAGCACGUAGAAACUUUCCACUGUAUGCAUGAGAAUACAUGUUUAUCAACUCCUUGUAGUGCUAACGACGACGACGAAAGCUAAUAUUUUAACAAGCAGGCUAGGGGACAGCAUGUAUCAGAGGGCAUUUCUGUAGGCUGGUAAGAUUUCAUUUUUUAGGCUUCUUUAUUCACACAGUGUAUCAGCGCUAACGCUAGCGAACACAUCCAGCCUUGCCAUACACGCUCUCUUAUUUCCUCACGUGUGUAAAUAUGUAUAGCUCGACGAUGAAAUGUGUGAUUGUUUUUUUUAUGCUUUGCUUUUUAUUAUUGCCUUUUUUUUGGUCACUUGGUAGGAUUUAGAGGAAACAUUCGCCACUUCUUGUUUGAACGUUCACUUUGAAUUGUCUGUAUAUCAGCCUUUCUUGUUGUUCAUGGUUUUGAUUCAUCUGUGUAUUUCCUGAAUCCUUGAAUGAGCUUCUUUAUUCAUUUGCUUUGAAACAUAUCUGAUGCUGUCUGUAAGAAUAAGGAAGGCUCUUAAUGCUGGAGAGGUUACCACUGACCUUGGAUGCUAAAUUCUUGCUGAUGGAAAUAGCUGUAUAUUUGUUCAUUUCUUUUCCGACGAUACAGAAUGAUGUUACAAUCGGCCUUUGUCUGAAGUACAGUCAUGAUCAUUUCCGUCAUUUCAUAAGCUGUUGAAGUCAGUGUUGAGUGAAGUGUCAAGGGAUGUGACACUAACAGUCAAACCCAUUAGCUGUUUUUUGUCCUUUUUAAAUCCUUUAGAAAUAUUUGGAACAAUUAUUACAGAUCAUCUUCCACCUCCUUGUAGAAUAAAUCGCAUAUAAUCUUAGUCUUACUGAUCAUUUUGGGAUGUUUAGGCAAGCCCAUGCAAUUUUAUUUCUAUUAGUUUCCAUGAGUAAAAAGUCACCUGUGACCAUGAAAGCAGAUCUGUAACUAUGGCUUCAGCAUAAUUUAUGCGGAAAUGAUGUUCAGCUGGAUUCCACGAACAAUAUGACAUAAAUGCGGAGCAAAUGGACGUCAUGCGGUGGCUUCGCAUGGCAUCUGGCAGCGCAAACGAGGCAUGCCCAAGCUGAUUCGUUUAAAGAUGGAUGACUCUGAGAAGCGCCAAUCAUCUACCUAUAGUCAUGGAAAUCGUCGUUGUCAUUUUAAUAGCGCCACCUGCAGUACUAGAGCACUCGUAUGCGACAACCAAUAAGAAAUCAAGAAGCAGCUUGUGGAGAUGGUUCUGUCUUUGCGCAACCCUAACAGAAGUCAUUUCCACAUUAAGCACGCGGAGGCCUUAAGGCUUCCUAAGGAAGAAGACUCAGUCAGUGUGCUCAGUAUUGUCCUCAUAGUAUCAUAUAUCAAACUCUUACACACCUCAUCUGUACAUAACCUUCAUGUUCAUUAAAUCCUGCUGUCUGUAUUCACAGGACAUUCAGUCCCCCCCGUGUACCCUGAGCACUGACUCACACAGUAUCCACUCACAACCACGUGUCUAACCCUUUCUUUUUCCCCCCCGUAUCCUCGUAUGUAAACAUUUAAUCCAGACAGCAAUUAAGUGCAUUACAAUCAUUACUAUUACAGUAGGUCUUUGUGUAAAAUGAUACAGAUUAGCACAGAUUUAACUCUUUAUUUUGUGACCAUGCCUUUUUACGUCAUGACGAUGCGCUCAAGUUCUGCAGUGUUUUUCUCUCUCUUAUACACACACACACACACCUCUGUUUUUCUCAGCAUUAAAAUAAAAGUGCAUGGCUGAAUGUGGUGUUGAUGAAGGCUGAAUCUAAAGGCGCCUGAAAAAAAAAACAUCUCAAGCAAUACUUUCAGCACCUCACUGUCCUCGUUUAACACAGCUGCCAUGACUGAUUAGCACCAUGUCAUCCACAGAUAAUGUAUACGUACUGAAAGGAUUCUCAGAGCAAACACACUCUUGAAUGUAAUUUAAGCCGAUGAUUACAGCACAACUGCCGUCAAUGACACGUCACCCUCCAGUGACCAUGUAGGUCCACUAACUUUAUAUACACCAUGUCACAGUGAGGCGCGGAAUCGGCCAUGUUUCAGGGUUGUUUUCUUUGGGGAAUGAAAAAAAAAAAAAAAACACAUUAGUGGGAGAUCUGCACCUGCUUCAGGAGACGUCAUAAAUGCCUUAUGUUUGUCUGUUUCAUGAACUUUCUUUUUUUUCGGAUGCUAGUUCUCUACGAGGCUGUUUUUCUUUCAUAGUAUGCUGUAUGUAAACUUAAUACAAACAAUCAGCACCCAUAUUUUUUCUUACAGUUAUCAUUCAGUAUUGUAAUAUAUUUAAUACAAAAUAAACCUUUCAUUGACAUGGUA